AUGAAGGAGUUAAUACGUGAUACUAUCUUCAGCCACACCCUCCGGCUUAUGACUGGGGGAAAGGUGUUCAAAUAUCCCGAAGAAGAGGACUCGUCUCUAUGGAAGAAAUACGUGCACAAUGAGAAAUCAGCGAAUAUGGCCAAAUAUGGUCAGGUUCAGCCUCCCGAGGAUAGUGAGCAGCAGGCUCGUGAACCGCAAACUCGAUCAUCUUCGUCUUCAACGGUUGUGCCUUCGAGGCGCACUCAGGGUGUCAAUGGGGCUAGCGGCCAUCCAAUUGACAAGGAGAAAGGCAAGGAUGUGUAUGUUGUGGACUGGUAUGGUCCAGAUGACCCUGAAAACCCUCGGAACUGGUCUCGCACCAAACGCUUCUUCGUCACCUUCGAAAUCUGCCUCCUUACCUUCUCGGUAUACAUCGGCUCAGCCAUCUACUCCGCCGGUCUCCAAGACGUGAUGCGAGAGUUUGGUGUAUCGCAAGUCGCUGCUACAGUUGGCCUGACUGUGUUCGUCGCGGGCUACGGUCUUGGUCCCAUGGUGUGGUCUCCUCUCUCUGAGGUUCCACAGAUUGGCCGCAACCCGGUUUAUAUCAUCACACUAGCUCUAUUCGUCGUCCUUCAAGUUCCCACUGCACUCGCGACCAACUUCAGUAUGCUUCUCGCCUUCCGAUUCAUCACCGGCUUUGUCGGGUCUCCCUCGCUGGCUACAGGCGGAGCUUCAAUUGGCGAUAUGUACAGACCAUCGAAGCGAACCUAUGGACUCGCAAUCUGGGGAGUUGGGAAUAUCUGCGGUCCCACCCUAGGUCCUCUGGUAGGAGGAUUCGCAGCUGAAGCUAAGGGUUGGAGAUGGACCAUCUGGGAGCUCAUGUGGCUAUCUGGCUUUUCUCUCAUUCUCUUUAUUUUCCUCCUUCCCGAAACAUCAGCAGCCAAUAUCCUUUACCGUCGCAGCCGUCGGCUGAGAAAGUUGACUGGUAACGACAAACUGGUCUGUGAGGCUGAGCUAGCCACCCAGGAUAUGUCGAUGAAGGACAUGGCGCUCAUGACUCUAGUACGACCAUUUCAAUUGAGCCUAGGCGAGCCCAUUGUCUUUCUUCUCAACCUCUACAUCGCCCUCAUCUAUGGUCUGCUGUACAUCUGGUUCGAGUCUUUCCCCAUCGUCUUUGGAGAAAUCUACGGCUUCUCUCUGGGUAUUCAAGGUCUUGCUUACCUGGGAAUCUUGUGUGGCGUCUUUGUCGUUCUGCCACCAUUUGUCUGGUACCAGCACAAGUACAUCGAGCCAAAGUUCAAUGGUGAUGGCGAGCUUAAACCUGAAUGGCGAUUACCGCCGUCCUUUGUCGGCGCUUUUUGCAUUCCUAUUUGCUUGUUCUGGUUUGGUUGGGCGUCUCGGGUAGAUGUUCAUUGGAUCGUUCCGAUCAUUGGAACAUCGUGGUUUACCAUCGGUGCCUUCCUUCUAUUUAAUUCGGUCUUGAACUACUUGAGUGAUGCGUAUCCCGAGUAUGCAGCUUCCGUGCUUGCUGGUAACGAUUUCUUCAGAAGCUCCUUUGGUGCUGGUUUUCCCUUGUUUGCGACCGCGAUGUACACCAAGCUUGGCGUCAACUGGGCCAGUUCCACACUGGCAUUUAUCUCAAUCGCCUUCAUUCCUAUGCCUUUUCUUCUGUUCAAGUACGGAGAAAAGAUCAGACAUAAGAGUAAAUACGCUCGUCAUGAUCUGUAA